UCUCUUUAAAUCUUCACUGUUUCUUUCCUAGAGUCGUCUCCAUGCAGAUGGGCAUCAGCUCCACUCUUCCCGCACAAAACUUGCACGUCUUUCAAGCCAAAAGGCCAAGUUUCAAGUGCCGAAGAUCACCUCUAAACCCUUUAAUAACUCCUCAAAAGCCUCUUGUUUCAUCAGCUUCGUCGACUGAGUUGACUCGCCAGCACCUUUCUAACCUCGAGAAAAUCCUCCAGAAAACAAACCGGACCGAUCCACAGCUAGAGCCGGUGACCAAAGCAGGCGGUAAGGGUUUGCUCAAAGGGCUAAAUCUUUCGAGGAUUUGGCCUGAAAUGAGUGCCGCCGAAGAGAUGUCUCCUCGCCAUUUGAAUAGGCUUAAGAGGCUAUUGUCGAAGACCAUGGAGUAUUCUCCUAGGAACAACCUGGGUUCUCGUUGGAGAGAGUACCACGGUUGCAAUGACUGGUCCGGCUUGCUCGACCCGCUCGAUGAAAAUCUAAGGCGAGAAGUGGUUCGAUAUGGGGAAUUUGUUCAAGCUGCUUACCACGGUUUCCAUUCCAAUCCCACCACGUCAAAAAAUGAAGAGGCUCCGUUGCCGAGACACGUCUCAUUGCCUGAACGGUCUUACAAGGUGACUAAGAGCCUCUACACUACCUCGUCGGUCAGGUUGCCGAAAUGGGUGGACGACCUUGGGUGGAUGACCCAACGGUCUAGUUGGAUGGGGUUCGUAGCGGUUUGCGAUGAAAAGAGGGAGAUUCAACGAAUGGGGAGAAGGGAUAUUGUCAUUGCCUUACGAGGAACUGCUACGUGGUUGGAAUGGAGGGAGAAUUUUAGAGCCCAACUGGUUGAAAUCUCUGAAUCCGAUGACCCGACCCAAAAGGUUGGAUGUGGGUUCUUGAGUUUACAUAAAACACGUGGUGCUCACGUCCCUAGUUUGGCUGACUCAGUGGUUGAAGAAGUAAAAAGGUUAAUCGAGAUGUACAAGGGAGAGAAGCUUAGCAUUACAAUCACGGGACAUAGUCUUGGAGCAGCUCUAUCUCUUUUAGUUGCUGAUGAAAUAAGUUCAUGUGCGCCUCAAGUGCCACCCAUCGCCGUGUUUUCCUUCGGAGGACCCCGAGUAGGUAACCAAGGUUUUGUGGACCGACUUAAUAAAAAAAAUAUUAAAGUAUUACGAAUCGUGAACAAUCAAGAUUUGAUCACAAAGGUUCCGGGUGUUUUCAUUGGAGAAGGAACUGAAGAACAAGUUCAAUAUAAACAUGAAAAAGAAGCAAGAAACGAAAGCUUUGCUAGCGUGUUCAACAGGCUUGGAAACAACAAUCCACUGGCAUAUUCCCACGCCGGAACAGAAUUACGAGUUGAUACUAAAAUGUCGCCUUAUUUGAAACCCAACGCUGACGUGGCAUGUUGUCAUGAUUUGGAGGCUUACCUGCAUUUGGUGGAUGGGUUCUUGUCAAUGGAUUGUCCCUUUAGGUCAAAUGCAAAGCGGAGUUUAGCAAAGUUGAUUCAUUACCAAAAAUCAAAUGUAAAACAAUUGUAUACUCACAAGGCCUUGAGUUUGAACCCUGAAAGACGGGAUAGCUUUAGCAUCCCAAUCACAACUUGUUUGCCUAGUCCCUCUCGAUAAGCUAAGCAUAUCAGU